AUGAACACUGGAAUCUCUCCGAUUUUGCUGAAAAGACAGUAUCGUUGUCACCCAGUGCUCGGGAGUUUAGCUUCGGAUCUGUUUUAUGACAGCAAGUUGGUCAACGGUGUGAGCGAAGAGAAAAGGAGUCCUUUGGUGAAGGGUUGGCCUCCACUUUUGUUUUUCGACAUAUCUGGAGCAGGCGCCAGAGAAACCGUGCAGGAUAGUGGAUCAUUUGUGAAUGUACAGGAAGCACUUUUUAUCACAUGGUUAGCCAACGCUUUGGUGAGCAAUGGGGUAAGUUGUAAACAAAUUGGUAUCAUUUGUUUGUAUAAGGCCCAAGCGUUUCAUGUUCAAACUCUGUUGCAUCAAUCAGAUUCGUCAUCUGCACAUAGUAUACAAGUGUCUACAGUUGAUGCUUUUCAAGGCGGGGAGAGGGAGAUUGUAUUGGUUUCGAGUUGCAGAACGCAAUCUUUAGGAUUCAUAGCAUCACCAAACAGGAUGAAUGUUGCAAUCACACGAUCUCGAAGACAUUUGGUAAUCGUCGGUUGCAAAAGGACGCUUCCACAAAAUGAACAUUGGAGGUUAAUUCUCGAACGUGCGUCUUCAUUACCUGGAGGCUACAGAGACUCCUGUGAGUAUCAAAUGUCGAAUGACAUUGAAAUAUUAGAUGGAGUUGAAUCAGGUAUACUUUUACUGGAGUUGUGA